UAUUAUGGGGACAAAAUGGAGGGAUGUACAUACAGUCAAUGUUAUACUGAGUUUAUAUCGAUGAUAUACAAAUAAACGCAUGAUAAGCCUCACUUUCACCUUACUGAAAAACAAAUCCAAUCACACACUGGGCAGGAUUUUGUUAGAGUUACUGGUUCCCGUCCUCUGGGAAUGACUGCAUUAACAUGUAUGGCCACUGAACUUGACAGCUACAGAAUAAACUGUGAUAAAAAUGUAUGACCUCUGUAGGUUAUGUGACUGGAAGUGCAGUGCCGGAAAAUAAAAGUACACAGACAGACUUGGUUGGGUUGGACAGCACAGCUGAGGUGGGAGUUUUUCCUGAAACAGUGGCAGCUAACGGUGAAGCUGCGGGUGUGCCUGAGCCCGAGGUCACAGCUGACGGGACAAACAUCCAGAGUCAGCCUGUGCCAGGAGCUGACAGUCUCCCUGCAGGGCAGAGUGAGACCACCGAAGCAUCAGUGACAAAAGGACAAGGAACCAAAUCAGCCAAACCUGACUGUGGACCGUCAGGAGUGCCCAAUGGACAAUGGAUGAAAAUUAGACCAGGUUAUAAUGGAGGAGCUGGUACACAGACCAAAGGUUAUAGAGCAGGGGCUGGGGUUCAAAACAGACACGGUGCCAAACCGCAUGAUGGUGCCAGUGCAGGAGCAGCAUCAAAUGGAGGAGGCUCUAAAGCAAGCAUGUCAGGCUACCAUCCAGGAGGCUACAGUUUUCCAGCACUAGCUAAUGGAUAUGGAGCUGGAGUUCAAUAUCCUUAUGCAGGGAAUGUCCAACAGCCAGGUUAUGGACAAGGAUCCUACCUGGGAGCUGCGUAUGGGAAUCCAUAUGCAGGUUCAAAGAAUGGCCAAAACGCUGGUGUUCAGCCUGACUACGCAGGUUUGGUUCAAGGUGACCCCAAUGCUGAGGCCAAGUCAGGCGUUCCUCAGCUUCCUUUUAACGGAUUCCCAAUGGUUCCUGCAGGGUUGGAUGGUAUGAGCCAGUUAAAACCCCAGUCUGCUGGACUUGGUCCAAAUGGAAAAUCUGACACGUAUGGUGGAAUGGCUGGCGUGCAUUUUGGCGGCAAGGCAGCCGGAAUGGGCGUUGAAAAGUCAAGCAAGAAGUACGGCAUUGGUGGUUUACAAUUUGGCGGACAACCCUACAACGGAAAUGGUGGGGCAUCAAGGUUUGGGUAUGCUGGAGGACCAUAUGAACCCAGAGCUGAUGGGAAAUCUUUUGGAAAAUAUGGACACGGCGGUUUUCCCACCAGUGGGCAACAUUUCGGUCUUGGUGCUAAUGGCCCCGUACCUGGCCAAUAUGGUUAUGGAAGAAUACCCUAUGAAGCUCAACCAGCAGGGGUCAGUCACGAGUACAAACCGGCCGGAAAAUAUGGUCAGUCUGGUGCUUCCUAUCAGCCUGAAGCUCCAGGACUUGGACACGCUGGACAAGUAGGAAGUAAACAUGACAACAUGGGAGCAUUUAACGUACAGCCACUUGAAUCCGCGCCUGUCACGACAGCCGAGGGAGAUAGUUUACCGUUCGAGACUCUACCCUCUGAACCAGAUGCCGUUGGAACGCUCUUUGGAGAGCAACCAACCCCAGCAGAUGCAGUGGAAGCUGAGGGGAAGUCUGUGUAUGGAUAUGAUGAUGCGGGCUUUAUUAACGGGCAAGUGCAACCGCAAGUUGCUGCAUCACCUGCAGCCCCCGGUCCCAGCCCAAGCCUGGCCUCCGUCGUUUCCGAUGUGGUGCCUGGUGGUGAAGAUUUGCCUGACAUAGUGGACGGCACCGACCUGGACUCUGCCCCAGCUACAGGGUUCCAGAGUGUGGCCAAGAUGGACGAAGAGACUGAAGACAUGCAGCAACAGCAGCUGCCACGACAGAUACACAUCAAGCACGGCAUCUGCGUCCGAACCCGAGCUACUACUGUGACGGGAUUCGACCGUGGACCCGCACCCUGUCUGGACACUGUUCCCUGUCCCCCCAGUUUCCGACGCAGAUUCAUCUUUUGGACGUACCGGCUGAGGUGGAACUCCUUCUCCAGCUCCAGGGUCUGGUACCGGGAGUACGUCUGCCGCCCGCUCCUGCGGUUUGAUUCUGUUGGAGAUCACAUUAUAAAGCGAUAA